AUGUCUAUUAAUUCGUCAUCAUCCAGCUGCAGUGACAUCAGUAUCGAGGAGUUAAAAGCUAGAUCACCAGAUUUUCCAACGGAGAUCCUAGCCUCAAUCAAACUAGAACCACGAUCGACGGUAUCGCCUAUUUUAACCCCCCCACACACGCCAACCGAGGACAGUAUUAGUGUAGUGUCGGCCGGGAUCACAUCUCGACACUAUUUCGACAUGGAGCAAAACCGGUCUCCAUCACAGCACCACCACAUACCGCAACCCCAUCAUCAUCAACAUCAUCAUCAUCACCAUCAUCCACAGCAUCCCCACCAGGAAAUCCCGAAUACCUUCGUUUCGCAACAAACUAACGGGCAGUCUCACACGAUGGAGACUUUCCUCUACCAACAACAGCAGCAGCACCAGCAGCAACAACAACAACAACAACAGCAACAACAGCAGCAGCAUCAUCAAGCACAGCAGCACCGCCUAUGGCUCCAAACACAAGCAGCGGCUGCCGCUCAACAGCACCUCCACCGAACCGGUUACCCAGUACCCGGUUACGCCCAGCUUCCUGCCGUUGCUGCUCACCACUCGCAUGCCCUGAUGCAGCAGUGGAUCCGUAAUGCUGCCAUCUAUCAGCAGCAUUUCCAGCAUCAGGGGUACCCCCCGGACCUCGCCCGCAUCCCAAGCCUCGGACGACCAAUCAAUCCGCUGGGUCCAAUGAAAGUCACUGGUAGCGGUAGUUCUCGCCCCAAAAAGCAAUUCAUCUGCAAGUAUUGUCAUCGUCACUUUACGAAAUCCUACAAUCUGCUGAUCCACGAACGUACCCACACCGACGAACGGCCCUACUCGUGUGAUAUAUGCGGUAAGGCUUUCCGUCGACAGGAUCACCUCCGAGACCACCGAUAUAUCCACUCCAAAGAAAAACCAUUUAAGUGCUCCGAUUGUGGCAAGGGUUUCUGUCAGUCUCGAACACUGGCAGUGCACAAAGUAACGCACUUGGAAGAGUCUCCACACAAGUGCACUAUUUGCAAUCGAACCUUCAAUCAGCGAGCCAAUCUUAAGACGCAUAUGCAAGGCCACGCACUGUCUGAAGUGACGCCAAACGGACCUGUGUUGGAUCUUUCGCAAAAAUCUGCCUCUUCUACCCCCGAGAAGGAAAUCAUUGUCGACGAAGAUAUUGAAGAUGAGGAUGAAGAUGAAAUGGAUCUGCACGGUACUCCGAUUCAUGUUACGAUCCCUAAAAAAUCACUCGGUUUCUCUAUCGACGAGAUUAUGCAGAGGUAA